AACUGUCAAAAAUACGAAACGAUUGGACUUGCUAAAAAGUGUCAGCUGUCACUUGUCAGAUCCUCCAGAUGUUUGUUUGAGUCUGGUCCUCGGUGUCAUGUUGUGUCUGUGAAGUUGAAGUUAAGUGUAUCGCAUCGCAGUUAGUUAGUGGCAAUUAAUUUUGUUAUUUUAGCCUAUUUGAAGUUUUCAACAACACUACACCACGAUUUCGUUGAUUUCAUCACAACAAACCCUAAAUAGGCCUAGGAAUAGUUGUUGUGAAAAAUCAUUUUUACACAUUUUAGUGAAUUUACAAUGAAACUGGUAUUUUGAACUCUUCACAAGAGAGAUUAAGUUAUGUGGUCCUUUUUCUCAAGGGAUGUUUCUAAAGAUUUUCAAUAUGAAAUUUUAGACAAAUGUGUAAGUUUGAGUGAUGAUGUAAUUUGGACUUUGCAUAAGGCUAAAAAGAAGGGCUCUGGAGAGGAAGUUUCAGUCUUUGUAUUUGAUAUCAAGAGUAGCAAUGAAAUCCAGCUGGAGUUAGCAAGAUCUGCUGUAAAAAGACUGAAAACUCUGAGACAUCCUAGUGUUCUUACAUAUCUUGAUAGCAUAGAGUCAGACAAAGUGCUGUAUCUGGCAACUGAAUAUGUGGAGCCGCUGCAGCACCAUUUAAAUGCCCACGAUGACCAGCAGCGAGAGUUGUAUCUAGGAUGGGGGAUCUUUCAAAUCACGAGGGCCCUGAGUUUCCUGAACAACGAUGGGAAUCUCCGUCAUAACAAUGUUAACAUCUGGGCAGUAUUUGUCAACAAUGCGGGAGAGUGGAAGCUGGGUGGAUUUGAGUACUUAAGUUCUGACCUUGAACUCCCAGUGAAAGUUUUACCAAGUCUAGAGAAAUAUGAUCCUCCUGAAAAAACUGACUUAGGAAAACAAAAGCUUAUUACCAAGUGUUCAACUGAUAUGUGGGGGCUUGGUUGCCUAAUAUGGGAAAUUUACAAUGGACCACUGCCAAAAAAAACAUCUUUGAAAACAAUAGAGAAAAUACCUAAAGCAGUGAGCAGCAUAUAUUGUGAACUGGUGGGUGCUAAUCCAAGCAACCGCCCCAACCCAGCUGACGUGAUUACACGUGGCAGGAAAAACGGGGGAUUCUUCAAAAAUGAAUUGGUUGACGCCUUACUUUUCCUGGAAGAAAUCCAGAUAAAAGAUAGAAGUGAAAAGAACAGAUUUUUUAAUGCACUUACAUCUCAUCUGGAUCAUUUCCCUCCACAUGUCUGCCAGCAUAAGAUACUGCCUCAGCUGAUUACUGCGUUUGAGUACGGUGAUGCUGGAGCUGCUGUGCUGGCUCCUAUGUUCAAGUUGGGUAGGUUGCUGAAUGAAGCAGAAUACCAGAAGAAAAUAGUGCCUUGUGUGGUAAAGCUUUUUAUUUCAAAUGACCGAGCAACUCGGAGCAGGUUACUUCAGCAACUGGAGCACUUUAUUGAUCACCUCCAGUCUACUACUGUGAAUGAUCAAAUCUUUCCUCAAAUAGCAAAUGGAUUUAUGGAUACUAAUCCAACCAUUCGAGAGCAGACAGUCAAGUCUGUGAUCCAUUUGGCUCCCAAGCUCAAUUACAACAACUUGAAUGUUGAGGUUUUAAGACAUUUCUCAAGGCUACAAUCCAAAGACGAUCAGGGAGGAAUUAGAACAAACACCACAGUAUGCUUAGGGAAGAUAGCUCAACACUUACAUCCACAGAUUCGGCAGAAGGUUCUUAUAUCUGCGUUUAUAAGAGCCAUGAGAGAUCCGUUCCCUCCUGCUAGAAGUGCUGGUGUAUUGGCCUUGGCUGCUACUCAGCAAUACUUCUUGUUGUCUGAAGUAGCCACUAGGAUACUACCUGCUUUGUGCCAUCUCACCACUGAUACUGAGAAGACUGUGCGUGACAAUGUCUUUCGUACUAUCAAAGGAUUCCUCGGUAAAUUGGAAAAAGUUUCAGAGGAUCCAAAUCUCCGUGAAUCCAUGGAGGCUGACGUCCAUGCCGCUACUCCUAGUCUGUCCAAUGCUGCAGCUACCUGGGCUGGAUGGGCCGUCACAGCUGUCACAGCUAAGUUCUACAGAAGUCAGUCUGACACUGUCAAGUCUAGUCCACAUUCCACCAAGCUGCUGAACAAACCAGCCUCUUUAGAGCAGCCAAGCAGCAGCAGUAUAUCAACAACAACGUCGAGUGUUACUUCUAUGACGUCCCUGGAGCAGGAGGUUAGCAAGGGAGGAGAGAGUGUGUCUGACUACGAGGAACACUGGGACACUGACAACUGGGGAGACAUGGAGGCUGGCAAGUCGGGGGGAAGCCACUCUGAAGUGCGAGGCACUGAUGGCUGGGAUACUGAGGAGUGGGGUAGUCUAGAAGAAGAACCAGAAGUUGAAGAGAGUGAAGACACAUGGGACUCAGUUGUGUUUGGUGCAAGCAACAUCAGCCUUGGAGACAAACUGUCACCUGAUGGGGCUUUUCCACCUUCACGUCAAACUAAGGCUGAACCCGGACCAGGCAUUUUAUCUGAAGAGAACCGUCUUAAGAGAGAGGAGAAAAAGCUUCAAAGACAAAAAGAGUUGGAGGCCCGGAGAGCUCAGAGACAGUCAGCUGGUCCCAUGAAACUUGGGUCCAAAAAACACAAUGUAUUACCAGAAGAUAUGUUGCUUCAAUAAACAUGUGACCUUGGCAUUCUGUACAGAUACUUUUAAUUUUGUAAAUUUAACAAAUCAGCUUUGCAAUCUCAGAAGUUAAUACACAAUAAUUUUAAGUCCAGUUGUAGAUCGUGUAGAUCGUUUUACAGUCAAUCCAAGAUUAUCACUGUCAUUAACUGGACUAAAUGUAUUCACUUUUAUUUUUAUUUUGACUUAAGCUUUUAACAUAUAAUUUUAACGAAUUUCCCUGUAGGAAAUACGCCGGGACCGAUAUACUUUUUCAUUUUGACGUCUCCAGAGACCAUAAACACAAUUUGUUCAAAUUUUAUAUGUAUACGUCCGUGAACGCGAUAACUUGAGUAAUUUUUGUCUAAUUUUGAUGAAAUUUGGUUUGAAGGAGUAAGGCAAGAUAAACUUGAAUGAGUUCGCUAACCAGUAUGAUCUGACCAUGGGAACCAGGUUUUACCCCGGUUUUUUGGGGUUAAAAUUAGUUUUUCUGAUUUUUGACCCUCAAAUUGAAUUUCUCUCUAGACCAAAAAAAAACAAUUUAGUACCUUGAAGUUUUUUUGUACGGUUAUUGGUUACGGAGAAAAUUUAAAAAAUUUUAAAUUUAAAAUUCCCAUUUUAUUGUUAUAGAGAAUAUUGUAAAAUGUUAUAUACUAUAUAUAUAUAACAUAUACUAAAAAACUAACUUUAUUAUCCUCCCUGUAGCAGCAAACCUAGGUACUCGUUAAACCUAAUGUUAUUUAAAUAGAUUUAAUUUAAAAUCAAUUCAGGCAAAUGGAAAUUUGCUUAGUCUGCAGGUUUGCUGCGGCGGUGGUAUUUUAUUUUAACCUAGAUAUUCCUACAAAUACAAACACCAAUAAUAUUUUGUAAUUGUCAGUGUACUGCAUGCGUGUGACAUAAACUUAUUGUCAACCUAAUAGCUUAACAUUGCUUAAAAUUUGAAACGCCGAUUCUCACUAAGCGGAGGUUUCUCCCAGGUUCCACAAUAAUGUACAACAUGUAAAUAAAAAGGUCCAUUUUAUAAUCAAACAUUUAUACAAUACAUACAGAUAUAUUUUAAACACAAAUAUAAUUAUAAUAAAGAAGAUUCUAAUUUUGGGAAUAUAAGGUAUAAAUUAGCUAUUGUGAACCCGGAGGAAACCUAUGCUUAGCUUCCGAUGGAGGGUUUAGGUGUGUAUUUGGCUCAAUUUAGCUGUAUUUGUAGGAGUUAUUACUGUGGCCAAAUAUUUAUAGGGUAUCUUUUUAUUUUAAGGCAACAAAAAGCCUGUUUAUGUUGGUAGUGUGAAUAUAUAUAAAAAAUAUUAUCAACUGACAAUAUGACAUGUCCCACCUGGGGUAUAUUUUACAAAUAAACAUCAGUUCCCAGGUUAUUAACUACUCGUAUUUGGUGCUGGAAAACCAAGAACCCAUAGAGGUCAAGAUAUCAGAGUACAAAAUGGAGAUGGGAAAUUGAGCUUGUGUUAGGAGGCCAAGAUCUACAAGAUUGUAGUGAUUUAAGCGUUUCUGCUGGUGUCGCUCUUGCCACGACGCUCCUGUUGCCCAAGUGUAGGAAGGAGCUUUACUUGCAUAAACAUCAACUUUUUUGCUGUAUGGAACUGGAAAGGAUAAAAUAUGUUGUAGUUCACAAUGUAUUUCUUUCCCUUCAGUAGCAUCAGUAUCGGUAUAAAUAGUCUGCAAGAACCAAAAUACUGGAUUUAAUGAUUGUAUUAGUGUUAACUUAAGCUAUUGCCGUAGGUCUCAUGGUAAGAUCUGGACCGAUUAACUUUUUCAUUUCAAUGUUCCCAGAGCCCAAAACCACUGUUUUUGUUUUAUUUUUUCUGGGGAAUUUACUUAUGUGUGUCGGUUGGCACGAUAACUCGAGCAAAAAUCCUCUGAUGAAAUGUUGUAAAUGCAUGUAAACCUACGUUUCUUCUAUGGAGUUUGUGAACCAUCAUGAUUGAAUUAUGGGAACAGGGGUUUUAUAAUUAGGGGUUUUAUACAGUAAAAAUAGGUUUUCCCCAUUUUCAAACCUAAAAAUCAUGUAAAAUACAGUAGGACCUUAAUAUCUCGAAUGUGAAGGGGGUAUUAUAAAAAAUUGAGUUAUCAAAUUUUUCAUAAAGAUUAGAGUUAUUAAGGGGUUAAAUGUUUAAAACCUUCGACUUAUAAAGGUACUUUUAACAUUAUAGUUCAUGGGGAUUUCAAGGGGGGGAAAAUUCAAGAUAUCAAGGAAUUCGAGACAUCCAAGGUUCGAGUAAUUGAGGUUCUACUGUAUUGUAUUUUCUUUCCAAACCAUUUUUAGAGCUUAAAAAACAAGUAAUUCAGUAUAUUGAAGCGUUGUUGUAGACUUAACCGUUACAGAUUUAUUUAUUUAUUUCAUACUAAGCUAUUAACAUUUCACUAAAAACACAAUUAGUGCUGUUAUCUAUACACUUUAACUUUCUUUUUAGGAGCAAGCGAGAUGAAGCAAAUUAGUUGAGCCAAAUACACAGUGGGCACAAAUUCUUCAGUUAAUUUUUUGGGUUGACUUUCAUAAGCAGGACUCCAAAAAAUCCAAUGAUAUAAUCGAUAUAUCGAAAAUUCAAUAUUUUUAUCUGGUAUUUUGGAGUCAUGCUUAUGAAAGUCUACCUGCAUGCUUUACUUUCAAGAAAAGUCAGUUACAUUCCUCUGUCACAAAAACUUCAAAAUCUGUUGUAGUUAAACAUUUUUUGUACUUAUUAAAUUCUUAGGAUAACCAACAGAUUUUACUUUCAAUUAAAUAUAAAACAACAUAUAUACUGAUAAAAAUAUUACCAAGUCAUGUGUACAUAAUUUAAUUUAUU